CAGGAAGUGAAUGCUACUUCACCGGAACCCAAAAAACGUGAGCACUCAUAGGUGCUGAAAGUGGCAGGGAGCUACCAGUAAAAACUCAUUGCUAGCACUCGAGUGCAUUAUCUCAAAAUCAGUCAGCCCACUGCCCAUGCAUGACGACAAGAUACUAGCAACAAUGUCUUCAGCAGUGGAUGUCAAAACCAAGGAGGAGAAGGACGCAGAGUUGGACCGAAAGAUUGAAGCGCUGAGGAAGAAGAACGAGGCUCUGGUCAAGCGCUAUCAAGAAAUAGAAGAAGACAAGAAGAAGGCAGAGCAGGAGGGCAUCGCCAUCACCACGCCGCGUAAGCCCCGUUCCCAUGAGCAGUCGGAGUCGGACCGAAGGAAAAUGGAGAAGGAAAACUUCACUAUCACGGUCGACCUGUCUAAGUCGCCGGCAGCGGGGGACAAGCGGGUGGUGGAAGACUGGAAGCCCACCAUACCCCGCGGUCGGAGAGCGUCGGAGGAGAAUGAUGGACCCCGAGGGCCCAGCCACAGCCCCCCAAGGAGGACGGGCUCUGGCCGGAUGGCAAGGGGGGGGGCCCCCAGAGGAGGAGGUGGUGUCCGCCAGGAGAGGAGAACGCGGGAACCGCGCGCACCCAGAGAUGGAGAGCCAGGUGAAGGAGGAGGAGGACGUAGAGGAGGAAGGAGGGGAAGAGGAGGACCGAGUGGUGGUGGUGGUGGUGGAGUAGGAGGAGGAGGAGGAGGAGACGCAUUGGGGACACCAGGCGGUGUGGACAGGAAGUCCAAGGAAUGGGAGGAGAAGAGGCGACAAAACAUUGAGAAGAUGAAUGAGGAAAUGGAGAGAAUAGCAGAGUAUGAGCGAGGACAACGGGCAGACAGUGAUAAGCCCCUCCGCAACUUCCUAGACGACCCGCGACGCUCGGGCCCCGCCCCCGACCUGGACCGCAAGGAGGGCAGCAGAAGACACGUGCGCAACUGGGGCGGGCUGGACUUUGACAAUGUCAAGACUGGCGGCGAUCUGGAAAAAGAGUGGAUUAGUCGGCGUCCCGGCCCCAAAGGUUCCAUGGACAUGACGAUGUCCAUGACGGGCCGCGAGCGGGCUGAGUACUUGCGCUGGAAAAAGGAGCGCGAACAGAUCGACGAGGAGCGACUGGCGCGCCAUCGCAAUGCCACUGGACAAUGGAGGCGGGAGUGGGACGCGCAAAAGACGGAGAACAUGUUCAAAGAGGAAGCAAAUCCGGCGGCAGAGGCCGGCACGCCAGAGCAGGGUGGCAGGAGAGUCCGAGGGCGUAACUUUGCCAGCGGGCCCCGUGGCAGAGCCUCAGACGAUGGCAAGCGUCCCCCCAAAGUGCCCACAUUCGGUGACUUCCUAUCCCAGGGUCCUCGAGGGGAGCGAAGCAGAGGGAAGGGCAGAGGAGGGAAGCCCAGUUACAGUAUGCAUGACAACCGCUGGGAAGGAGAGAAGGAAGAUGUGGAGAAGGAGAAAAAAGACAAACCCAAGCGAGAAAAGAAGUCCACACCUGAGCCAACACAGAAGGUGGAGCAGGCAGAAGAUGAAGAGCAGGACGACGACCAGUGGGAGGACGCCAGCGAAGGCGAGGAGGAACUGUCAGAUGAAGACAAGAACAAAGAUACUGGGAAAGAGGAAGUCAACAAAGACCACACCUCUGCUGUAUCCUCCUUGUCUCGCUCCCCGCCGUCGUCUGCCAGCAGCCCCCGAGAGCAGCGUGCACCGAGACCCAAAGUCCACAUCCCCUCGCCCCAGGCGGUCUCACAGAAUCCCUCAGAGGUGGCAAAGCCCAUCAGCCCGUUCCAGUUGGUGGACGGACACCAACCCGUUUCGGACUGGGGGGAGGAGAUGGAGAUGCUGUCGCCACGCAGCAGCAUGGGAGGGGAGAGCCCAUUGAAAGUCCCUAGUGCUGAGAGCAGCCCUCCACAAAAGAAGGAGCAGGAGGAGACCACUGAGCCCAGUGGGGAGAACACAGUUCCCCCUGGCACCACAGCGGUUCCAUCACCCCCGGAAUUGCCAGAAGUCCAGCAGGUUGUCAUGGCGUCAGAAGCAGAGGCUGUUCCCACAGUCACAUCCGACGCAUCGCCAUCUGAAUCUGCUCCCUCAGACGUGUCCAACGCCACCAUCCCGGACAUCGCUGAAAACCAUCAGCAUGUGCCGGACACCCCCUCGCCAGACAAAGCAGACAGUCCAUCAACACCCACUGUCCAGGUGAGCGAGCCCACCGAAGCAGAACGCACAUCUGAAGCAGAAGGGGAGAAAGCCGACAAAAAUGACAAAGGCGAUGUGGACCCAGGCGAUGUGGACCCAGGCGAUGUGGACCCAGGCGAUGUGAACACAGACGCCGCUACCACGGCCUCCGAGAAAGCCCUCCUCAGUCUGACGACACCAAUAUCGCUGGAGUGAUUUCACGCGUUUCCCCAACCAACGAAGGGCGGGAGGAGCCUCAAAACCAUGUUUGCUUUCAUGCAGUCUGUCAGCAAAGAACGUUGUCACCCUGCAGUUGUUUUCAUGUGUCACUCUUUGUCCCGUCCCCUGUGUCAACGACGGGAGAAAAAACUUCAUUAAAUGAUUAAAUGGAGCUGCUGGAAUCAGCUAAAACCGCAACCCCCCCCCCACCUCAGAUUAACCAAUCACGAGGCUGUACAGUCUCAUGAGUUUUUAUUUGCAGGAACCCUUUAAUAGACUUCAGUUGUUUUCGAGACACUUUUAUACCACUUUUCAUUACUUUUAAGCAAAUAUUACGAUCAAUUUUCAGACAUAUGAAUGCUAUAUAGUCGUUCGUACAUUUUAAUGUCUGAAAAGAAAAAGACUGUUAUUAGGUUUGCCGUCCGAAAUGGUUUGUUUGUUUUCAAAGCCCAUAUUACUGCAACAGCUGGCGAUCGGAAGGGAAUCUAUGGUGAGCAAAAAAAAAAAA